AGGUAACCAUGGAGACACUUCCCGAGUUAGCUAAACCGUCAUUUCUCUUCUGUUUACUUCUCUAACUUCCUAGCUGUCGUAUUUUGAAAAGAUAAACAUUAAAUUCCUUCAUUGUGUCGCUUGAUACGAUUCGGGCGUGAGGAACAGAUGAACCUUAACUAAAGAAUUUCAAUUUAAAGUAAUGUUUUGACUAAUUUCCUUUGAUGUGACGUGUCAUUAAAAUGUUCAGGAACAUUUACCAGGGGGGAGCUGUCUUUGAUCUCUUCAGUGGACAAGGAAAGGACCCUGUAGCCAAAUGGAGGCUUUGGGGGGGACCGUCAGCUAUACAUAAAGAGUAUAAUAAAGAAGUUAAAGGAUUUGUUUACUGUCUGGAGGGAAGCAGCCACACUGUCAAAAUGCAAAUGCCGGAGAAUGCUAAAAUGUCUCUUGGGCUUAUUCAGCGAUUUUUGGUCCUUCAAGUAAAUGUUCCAGAGCGCCAUGAUUUUUCUAUUGAGCUUGUGAUAACUGAUUCAGAGCAUCUUAAAAGAAGACUUUACUUUUCAACAGUGCACAAAGAGAUGUCUGCCACACUUUUGCAUGCAAAGAUACCUUUCACAGAGCUAAACCGAAAUACUUGGUCUACUUUAUGCAUCGACCUUGUAUCAAUCGCUGGUGAACUUUUCAAGGGAUUUUUGACUCUGGAUGGCAUCACUUUGUUUGCUACCUGUAAAGUUCGGAGGAUCUUCACCAUGAAAACAGACCCUAAAAUUAUGUCAGAUGUGUUUCUUAGUGGGGCUUGUCUCAGGGAGAUUAUUCCUCGCAGUUUUUGGUACCCUUCUGAUGUGAACCAAAUUACUCAAGUGCUGAACUACGAGAACUCGCAGAAGGCCGAAGUGAAGUCUGAUCCUCUUAGCUCUGCCUCCAUACCUGAUCAGUCUCACAUUGCUACAUCAACAAGUUAUCGGAGAACCAAGCCCCGGGGUGUUUUACAGACAGCCUCGGUUUCCAGAGCUUCUUCAGCAUCUCCCAAUACUGGAAGAACAAGCAGUGCAAAGUUGGACAAAAUGGAGAGAAGUGGUUCUUCAUCAUGUAGACUAAAUCAAAAGAAAACCACAGAGAGUCAGAACAUUAACAUACGAGUUGAAAAUCUCUCCCAUGGUCAACAGUCAACUAUUGCUGAAGGAGCAUCUUGCAAAUUACAACCCCACCCACCCAAACGAAGUUUGUUUGGUAAGCAGGCAUCUAAGAAGCUACGAAUCCUGAGUGCUGGAAGAGAGAGGGUACCAUCAUCAGAUGCUGAAUGUAGUUGUAAAACCAAAGGAAGUAGGGAUGAUAGUCCUUUUUCAUCCAGUCAGCAAGAGAGCAGCCAGCAGCUUCCAACCCGAGCACAGAAGCCAGCAAACCUAGUAGUGGUUGAGCAGAGCUGCAACCCUGCCAAGGACAAGAUGGAAGCUGCCCCCACACCAGUAGAGUCUCAACUUCGAUUAGCUUUGUCUUCUGACCUGGAGGUCUGGAACAGCUGGGAUAAUAAUGAGGGGUCCGAGCCCCAGCUCACUUUGGAGGAGGAGGUGUUCACUUUCUUGUCCCAGCCACACUCACCCAAACGAGGGCAAUGCCAGGGUGACCAGGAGAAGAUGGAGCUGGGAGAUGGUCAGGCCCAGAGCACUGGUGGAGGGCGGCGACAUGCGCAGCCUGAAGAUGACUUUAUUGGCAGUGAAAGUGAUGAGGAAAUGAGCCACAUCAUGUUCCACCAUCAAAAAACUAGCAUGUCCUAUCCUGCUACUCUCAGAUCUGCUGAUACAAGUCAACAUGUGCAGCUUGAGAAUCCUCCUGAAUCUCCAAAUACAAACCUGGCAUCACAGAAGCAGGAUUUAACUAACACCUGCGUGCAGUCUCCAUGCAGUGAGAGAGCUGAACCAUUAAGGAUAGCCCCCGCACGCUCCCUCUCACCCAGCAGAUGUGGCCACAAGUCCAAAAAAGCAGAUCUGGUUUCGGGUGACAACAUCAGUGUUUCACUUUGUAGGAGACUUCUGCAAGAAGUUCACUUCAGUAACUCCAAACAGCAUAAGGAAGAAGAAGAUGAGAUGCCGAGGACUGUUGAGUCAAGUAAUUAUGUCUCACAACUGCACGGCAGUACGGGCAUGUGUGAAGAUGAUGAGGAGCUUCAAAUGCUGGCAAGCCUGAAAAGACAGCAGGACGAAGAUGAAUGUAGGGCUCCUGCCCUCAGCGCAUCUCAAAUCCACCAGUGUGAUGUCAGCAUCAGCCUGAGCAGUGACGAUGCCUCAACCUGGACCCACAUCCCACAAGCAGUGAAUCAGGGACAUCACUAUCAGAAGGAAAUGAAUCCCUUGCUUCAAUCAAACCCAAGAGAGUGGAUGGACGUGCUCAGCCCUCCUAUUAUGCCUCCCAGCCAGCAGAGAAGGUCAGGCAACACAGAGAACAAUUUGGAAAGUCCACUCAGAGGAGGGGAUGGCUUGGUGAAAGAAGAGGAGAAUGGAGAUGAAUAUUUAAAACUGCUCUAUGAUCCUUGCCUCAACUGCUAUUUUGAUCCUGAGUCAGGAAAGUACUAUGAACUAGUUUAACUGAAAGCCCAUUACCAUCAGAAUCACAUUAAAAGCAGAUAAAUUGCUUCGAGAUUUUUAUUUUUUUGAGGUCGAGCUUUAUUGAUCAGAACUGAAUUCCCUUUUCACCAAAACUUCUUCCUGUGUUAGCUCCUUUGUUGCUGGGAACCGACGGCAGCUUUGUUUUGCCAUGUGUGGUUAGUCAUGCUAGAUUGUAAGGUAUUGGGAAACUCACUAAAUCAAACACAUGGCCUUUUGCAAGUAUGGGCUCAUUCACACAGACUGCUGAUGACAAAGAGAGGCUUUUCAUAAGUCUUGGCUUGGAAAUUAAUAUGGAAACCUUCUAAAAGAAUUUUCCAGAGCUUCCUUUUAAUAUUACAAUGUCUAACAUUUAAAUAGUAAAAGCAUUGAUGUUUUUUUAAUGUAAUUUAUGCAAAAAAGCCAUCAAAAUAUGUUGAUGUGCUUUUAUAGUUUUUGAAAUAAAUUUGAUUUGAAAAAUAUG